UACUUCUGGUCGGCAUUGUACCGUCGGCUUUUCGCUUCACCUGGAGCAAGCCAAGCGACCGCUGAACCCGAAGAAAUCCCCAGUCUCUACCGUGUAUUUCACCCGAUAUGGGUCCGAAAAAAGGUGGCGCGCCGAAGCAGAGGGGAAAUGCUGCGGAAACUGUAGAGGAGACGCUGCAGGCGGUGGUACUUGCGGAUACUUUCGAGACGAGAUUUGAGCCGUUCACUCUGGAAAGACCUAGGUGUCUCUUGCCGCUCGCGAACACCCCUCUCAUCGAGUAUACUCUUGAGUUCCUGGCCAAUGCGGGUGUUGAGGAUGUCUUCCUCUAUGGCGGUGCGCAUUCAGACCAGCUGGAGAGAUACAUCAAUGCGUCGAAGUGGAGAGCGUUAUCGUCUCCCUUCAAGCAGCUGACUUUCCUCAAGUCGACAUCCACCUCGGUUGGAGAUGUCAUGCGAGAUCUGGACGGCAAGCAUCUCAUUACUGGAGAUUUCAUCGUGGUCAGCGGCGAUGUCAUCAGCAAUCUCCCGAUCGAAGGCGCUUUGGCCAAGCACCGUGCUCGUCGUGAAGCCGACAAGAAUGCGAUCAUGACCAUGAUCCUGCGGGAAGCCGGCCGCAACCACCGAACCAAAGCUUCCUCCGUGUCUCCUGUCUUUGUGAUCGACCCGACCAAGGAUCGCUGUCUGCACUACGAAGAGAUUGACCAACAUAACCCCGACUCCACGCGCUUGAACAUUGAGCCCGAACUCAUCACUUCCCACCAGGAAAUCGACCUGCGCCAGGAUCUGAUCGACUGCAACAUCGACAUUUGUACACCUGAUGUGCUGAGUCUCUGGUCCGACAGUUUCGAUUACCAGGCGCCACGCAAGCAGUUCUUGUUUGGUGUAUUGAAAGACUACGAGCUGAACGGCAAGACGAUUCACACGCACAUCAUCAAGGAUCACUAUGCGGCUCGAGUGCGAAACCUAAAGGCGUACGAUGCUGUGAGCAAGGAUAUCAUUUCCAGAUGGACCUAUCCUCUUUGCCCGGACACCAACUUACUCCCAGGACACAACUAUGAGCUCCGCAAGGGAAGUCUGUAUCAGGAACAGGGUGUGACUCUCGCGCGCUCGUGUGUCAUUGGCCGUCGCACAGUUAUUGGUCAGGGAACCAGUAUCGGAGAUAAGACGACGGUCAAGGACACGGUUCUUGGCCGGGACUGCAAGAUCGGCAAAAAUGUCACCUUGGAAGGUGCCUACAUCUGGGACGGCGCUGUCAUCGGUGACGGGACGACAGUGAAACAAGCCAUCGUUGCCGAGCGGGCGGUGGUUGGAAAGAACUGUACAGUCGAACCUGGUGCUCUCAUUUCUUUUGGCGUAGAGAUCGCCGACGGAGUCAAGGUCACUGAGGGCCUGCGCAUCACGAAAGCCCCCCGAGAUGAUGAGGACGGUGUGCCCGCUAGCGAGCCGGAGGUCGUCGGUGAGGGUGGUACCGGCUAUGAAUACGUUCCUUACGAAGAUGAGGACGAGGAUGACGCGGCAAGCAACGCCUCGUCAGGGUUGAUUUACAAUAUGGCACAUCUCUCGUUAUCUACCGACUCCAUCUCCACACUUUCAUCAGAGAUUUCCGACUUUGGCGGGUCCCGUGCUGGUAGCUUUAGUACUACGAUGUCUGAUGAUGAGGAUUCGGAUCACUUCGUUCAUGAUGCUGCGGCCAGCGUCUACGACAGCUUGCGAGAGAGUGUCUCGUCGGAUGUGGUCCAGCUGGAACUGGUCAGUCUACGUAUGACGGCCAAUGCCUCGGAUCAUCAGGUCCGCCGCGCCGUGGUGUCCGCGUUCAUGAAGCGGGUGGCGCAGUUGAUGGAAGCUGGAAAGGGCGCCGGAGAGGCGGUCCGAGAGAUCUUCGGCAAGUACCGGGAGAUCGUCGAGCGGGCCUUGUUCGACCGCGAGCGUGAAGCCAAGCCGGACCAGGUUGACCUACUUCUCCUCCUCCAGCAGGACUUGGUGCACCGCAGCCGGGGCGAUACGGUCCUUCUGUUCAUUGCCAAGGAGCUGUAUGACUUGGAGAUCAUCGACGAAGAGGCUUAUGAGCAAUGGUGGGACGACGAGCGAUCGAGCAGCACCGAGGAAAUGCGCCAGGUGCGUAGUCAAACACAGCAGUUUGUUGACUGGCUGGCCAACGCCGAGGAAGAGGAGAGCAGCGAAGAGGAAGAGAGCGAGGAGGAGGAAGAAGAAGAAGAAGAAGAGGAAGAUGAUGAAUAAACGACCUAGACAGUGGCAUAUAGAGUGCUUUCAAAUCAAG